UAUAUAUAGUGCCCAGUGACAAGCACGAACUGAAACACAGAAAGUUCCAUACGAAUAUCACCUUAUUUCUCAUCUCCACAUCUCAGGAGGAACAUUCAUGUUUAGGAUCCCAACUACAGGAACUUCAAAAUGCCUAUUCUUGAACACCCAGCUUAUCCACCAGCUACUCUCCUUUGCUUGGAAAGUUUGGUGCCUUGUCGAGAAUCCCAAGUGUCCAUGUUGCUGUCAAUAUUUGGAGAGCGUCAGCAGUUGAGUUUUCCAUCCAUCUUUAUCUACGGACAUACAUCUAGUGGAAAGACCUAUGUGAUGAAGACUCUUCUAAACACAUUACAGCUUCCUCAUGUGUUUGUGAACUGUGUGGAAUGCUUUACUUCACGACUUCUUCUAGAAGAAAUUCUCAUCCAGUUGCACAAUGGUUCUUCUGAAACAAAACAAGCUUCUCCUGUGCCUUGUGAUACCUUCAAUGACUUUGUGCGUCUGUUUAAACAAGCUCUCACGAGUCAAAAUCUUCAAGAUCAAACAGUAUAUGUUGUACUGGAUCGAGCAGAACAGCUAAGGGAAAUGGAAGCAAAUGUCCUGCCAGCAUUUCUUAGGCUUCAAGAAUUGACUGACAGAAAUGUGACAGUUAUCUUGCUUAGUGAAAUAGUAUGGGAAAUGUUUCGUCCAAAUACUGGAUGCUUUGAGCCAUUCAUCUUGUAUUUUCCCGAUUACAGCAUAGGACACCUGCAGAAGAUCUUGUCCCAGAAUCAUCCUCCAGAAUAUUCUGCAGAUUUCUAUUCUGCAUAUAUAAAUAUUCUGCUUGGCGUCUUCUACAUGGUCUGUAGGGAUCUCAAAGAACUUCAGCAUCUGGCAGCACUCAAUUUUUCUAAAUACUGCGAACCGGUGGUCAGAAGAGAAGCAAAAGAACGUGACACUCGCAAACUCUGGAAAAAUAUUGAACCUCAUUUGAAGAAGGCAAUGCAGACAGUUUACCUCCGGGAAAUAUCCAGCUCACAGUGGGAGCGAUUACAGUGUGAAGAAGAAGAACCUGGGCAGAUUAAAGGACUUUCUGCACAUGCACAUGUGGAACUUCCUUACUACUCCAAAUUUCUUCUAAUUGCUGCUUACCUUGCCUCCUACAAUCCUGCUAGGACAGAUAAGAGAUUCUUUCUUAAGCAUCAUGGGAAAAUUAAGAAGACCAACUUCAUGAAGAAACAUGAAAAGACCAGCAAUCACCUCCUUGGACCAAAGCCAUUUCCUCUGGACAGAUUAUUAGCAAUAUUAUAUAGCAUUGUGGACAACAGAGUUGCUCCAACUGCAAAUAUAUUUUCCCAGAUGACAGCAACUCAUCGUCAGAAUAAGAUAAAGAACCAUGACAUUUGA